AGGUCUUUCUCGCGGGAUUAUGACACGCGGAAGCUGCUCGCGCACAGACUUCACCUGUGACUGAGAAACAAAAAGUCUGAGUUUGUUUCGUGUCUGUUGUCCGUCAGGAUGGGAAAAGCGGAUUUUCUGUCCCCGAAGGCGAUCGCGAACCGGAUCAAGUCCAAAGGGCUGCAGAAGUUAAGGUGGUAUUGUCAGAUGUGUCAGAAACAAUGCCGAGACGAGAACGGCUUCAAAUGUCACUGCAUGUCCGAGUCCCACCAGAGACAGCUGCUGCUGGCCUCAGAGGACCCCAACAAGUUCAUGGACUACUUCUCUGACGAGUUCAAAAGCGACUUCCUGGAGCUGCUCAGGAGACGAUUCGGGACCAAACGAGUGCACAACAACAUCGUCUACAACGAGUACAUCAGCGACAGAGAGCACGUCCACAUGAACUCCACGCAGUGGGAGACGCUCACCGACUUCACCAAGUGGCUCGGCAGAGAAGGUUUCUGUAAAGUCGACGAGACUCCCAAAGGCUGGUACGUCCAGUACAUCGACCGCGACCCGGAGACCAUCCGCCGCCAAGAGGAGCAGGCGAGGAAGAAGAAGCAGGAGCUGGACGACGAGGAGAGGAGCGCCAAGUUCAUCGAGGAGCAGGUCCGCAGAGGACGGGACAGCAAGGAGACGGACGAAACUCCAGUUUACACAGAGCUGAAACGAGAGAGCGAAGAGGAAAAAGUUGCAUUCAACCUGAGCGCCUCCUCGUGUGUAGCCGGUCCGUCCAAAUCGAGUUCAGCGCUGGGUGCUAGUGCUCUCAAAGCAGCAGCAGCAUCAUCAUCAUCAUCAUCCUCAUCAUCCACCAAGAGGAAAGACACGCCGUCCGGUUCAGACUCCAGGUCGGAGAAGAAGAAGAAAUCCGCUCUGGAGGAGAUCAUCGAGAUGGAGGAGAAGAAGAAGAAGAAGCAGGACGCCGUCAGGACGGAUUACUGGCUGCAGCCCAACAUCGUGGUCAAAGUCGUCACCAAGAGGCUGGGAGAGAAGUACUACAAGAAGAAGGCGCUCGUCACGGAGGUGAAGGAUAAAUACGGAGCGGUGGUGAAGAUGGUCGACUCCGGAGACAAACUGAAACUGGAUCAGACCCACGUGGAGACGGUGAUACCUGCACCAGGUAAACGUGUUCUGAUCCUGAACGGUCCGUACAGAGACACGGAGGCUGUGCUGGAGGGAAUAGACGUGAAAAACUUCACCGCGACACUCACACUCGACUCUGGUCAGCAGAAGGGGAAGAGAGUCGACAUCGCCUAUGAGGAUUUCUCAAAACUGGCCUGAACCAACAACCUUUAACCUCAGGCGCCCGCUCAGGCUGAGGGACUCUACUGUGUCAGAGUUACUUUCCCAGGAUUCACCUGUACAUAUAUACAUACACAGAUAUAUCACACAAUGCAACGCCAGUGUGCUGUCACAGAGAACAAUGUAUUCGAUUUGUUUUUGGGUUUUAUUUUGUAUUGAUGUACAAGUUGAACAAUUUUCUCCAAAUAAAUUCAGCAAAUGUGA